ACAACCAGUGUGAAGUGCAAUUUAGCUGUGUUCUUUUCCCGGAAUCGACUGCGCCAAAAAAAAAAUCGCAUUUCCAGUCAGUUUUCCAUUUUUGAGGUUCCAGUUUAAGUGUUCUUCAUAGCCUAAACGCAGGGCUGUUAGAAACCUACUCGGUAUUCUUUCACACAAUUGUGGGGGUGGGGUACUCAUGUGCAAAGAUGUGAGACAGGAGACAGGUGAUGCGCUCUCUGCAUGCAUCCUGUCUUCAACAGGGGGAGCACAGCCACGGAACGAACGGUCGAACAGCAUGAGGUGAGGGAUUCUUCCACUCAUCAUAUCUAAGCAGAACAGGGACCAUGAAAGCAACCGAGUGGAGAUUUGAGCAGCUGUAUCAUCAUACGGAUAAUUCAGGCAUCCUUUCACUCUAAAAGCGUUCUCUUUUUACCGACGUUGAAUGACGAGGCGGAAUGGCAGGUGGACGUCGAGGACUUGUGGCCCCACAAAACACUUUUCUUGAGAACAUCGUCCGAAGAUCCAAUGAUACCAACUUUGUUCUGGGCAAUGCCCAGAUUGUGAACUGGCCCAUUGUGUACAGCAACGACGGCUUCUGCAAGCUCUCCGGUUACCACCGUGCUGAGGUCAUGCAGAAGAGUAGCACCUGCAGUUUCAUGUAUGGGGAGCUCACAGACAAGGAGACGGGUGAGAAAGUGCAACAGAUCUUUGAGAAUUAUGAGAUGAAUUCGUUCGAAAUUCUCAUGUAUAAGAAGAAUCGGAUGCCGGUGUGGUUCUUUGUUAAGAUCGCUCCUAUCAGGAAUGAGCAGGACAAGGUGGUGUUGUUUCUGUGCACCUUCAGUGACAUCACUGCAUUCAAACAGCCCAUUGAGGAUGACUCUGUGAAAGGAUGGGGUAAAUUCGCUCGGCUCACUCGGGCCCUGACGAGCAGCCGGGGAGUGUUGCAGCAGCUGGCGCCCACCGUCCACAAGGGCGAGAACGUCCACAAGCACUCUCGUCUGGCUGAGGUUCUCCAGCUGGGCUCAGACAUCCUCCCGCAGUACAAGCAGGAGACACCUAAAACUCCUCCCCACAUCAUCCUCCACUACUGCGCCUUCAAGACUACCUGGGACUGGGUCAUCCUCAUCCUGACCUUCUACACAGCCAUCAUGGUGCCCUACAACGUCUCAUUCAAGACCAAGCAGAACAACGUCACCUGGCUGGUGGUGGACAGCAUCGUGGACGUCAUCUUUCUGGUGGACAUCGUGCUCAACUUCCAUACCACGUUUGUGGGGCCAGCCGGAGAGGUCAUCUCGGACCCCAAGCUGAUCCGGAUGAACUACGUCAAGACGUGGUUCGUCAUCGACCUGCUCUCCUGCCUGCCGUAUGACGUCAUCAACGCCUUCGAGAAUGUUGAUGAGGGCAUCAGCAGUCUCUUCAGCUCCCUCAAAGUAGUCCGUCUGCUUCGCUUGGGCCGCGUGGCCCGUAAACUGGACCACUAUAUUGAGUACGGGGCCGCUGUCCUGGUCCUGCUGGUGUGUGUCUUUGGCCUGGCCGCCCACUGGUUGGCCUGCAUCUGGUACAGCAUCGGCGACUACGAGGUCAUCGACGAGAACACCAACAGUGUGAGGAUGGACAGCUGGCUCUACAUAUUGAGCGAAUCGAUGGGGACGCCGUACCGCUUCAACGCCAGUGGCUCCGGUAGGUGGGAGGGCGGGCCAAGCAAGGACUCGGUCUACAUCACUUCCCUUUACUUCACCAUGACCAGCCUGACCAGCAUCGGCUUCGGCAACAUCGCCCCCACCACCGAUGGAGAAAAGCUCUUCGCCGUGGCAAUGAUGAUGAUCGGAUCACUCCUGUAUGCCACCAUCUUCGGUAACGUGACCACCAUCUUCCAGCAGAUGUACGCCAACACCAACCGCUACCACGAGAUGCUCAACAGCGUCCGCGACUUCCUCAAGCUCUACCAGGUGCCAAAGGGCCUCAGUGAACGCGUCAUGGACUACAUUGUCUCUACAUGGUCCAUGUCUAGAGGCAUCGAUACAGAUAAGGUGUUACAGAUCUGCCCCAAGGACAUGCGGGCGGACAUUUGCGUCCAUCUUAACAGAAAGGUGUUCAAGGAGCACCCAGCCUUCCGACUGGCGAGCGACGGGUGCCUACGGGCCCUGGCCAUGGAGUUCCAGACCACCCACAGUGCCCCUGGAGACCUCAUCUACCACGCGGGCGAAAGUGUAGACAGCCUCUGUUUCGUGGUGUCCGGGUCCUUGGAGGUCAUCCAGGACGAUGAGGUUGUGGCCAUAUUAGGAAAGGGAGACGUGUUUGGGGACGUCUUCUGGAAGGAGGUGACCCUAGCCCAGGCUUGCGCCAACGUUCGGGCCUUGACUUACUGCGACCUCCACGUCAUCAAGCGUGACGCUCUGCAGAAAGUUCUGGAGUUCUACACGGCCUUCUCCAACCACUUCUCCCGCAACCUGCUGCUCACCUAUAACCUCAGAAAGAGGAUAGUGUUCCGGAAGAUCAGUGAUGUGAAACGUGAGGAAGAGGAGAUGCUCAAGAGGAAUAACGAGGCCCCUCUGAACCUUCCUCCGGACCACCCCGUCCGUCGCCUCUUCCAGCGCUUCCGGCAGCAGAGGGAGGCGCGACUGGCAGUGGAGCGAACAUGUCAGGGGGAGCCAUCAGACGUGGAGAAGGGCACAGUCCACCUGGAGCAAACCAAGAUCCAUGAGGUCCUCGCCUCCACCAGCAUCAUCAUGGUCACCGAGAGCCCUGCUACUCCCACAGCUUCAUCCACAUCUUUGUCUUUGUCCUCCAGGCCCUCUAGCCGAGUCAUGCUUCAUGCCCCUGCUAUCCAAAAUGGCAACCUCAUAGGCUGCAAGUCCGCAGAGCCUGCGCCAAAGACCAAAAAGGGCUGGGGUCGUUUCAAGGAGUCUGUUGUGAAAGCAGAGUCGUGGAGCAGCGUUUCUAAGGCCGAGUCCAUGGAGACCUUGCCGGACAGGACUAAGUCCCAUAAUGAGAUGUCUCUCAAGAAGACGGACUCUUGUGACAGCGGUAUUACUAAGAGCGACCUGCGCUUAGAUAAUGUGGGUGACGCCCACACUCCGCAGGACCGGAGCCCUGUGCAGUCAGAAGGGAAGCUGGUUGUCUGUCCUAUACCCGUACAGACCAUGCACGCCUCUUUCCUGGAGCUGAAGCAGGAACUUAGGGGAGACAUCGGGUCUCUUAAUGGCCGCAUGGCGGUGGUGGAGGCACAGCUGGCCGAGAUGCUUCAGCUACUAAAAUCGAAAAAGGCCUCUAGUUCGAGAAAAGCCUCUCACUCAUCCAGUUUCUUUGAGAUGUCACGACCAGCAUCCCCCAAUUCCCAUAAGGACGACAGCUUCUCACAAUCUUGACACUGCAUGUUUUGGCAGUCUAUGCAGUGUUUCCCAAUUUCAGUCCCUGAUUACCCCCAACAGUAGACAUUUUUGUUGUAGCCCCGAACAAGCACUGAUUCCUGAUUCAACUUGUUAACGAUCAAGCCCUCAAUGAGUUGACUCGGGUGAGUUUGUCCGGAGCUACACCAAAAAUGUGUGCUGUUGGGGUUACUCGAAAGGGAGUUGUGAAACAUUCGUCUAUGGAACAUGAAGUGAAUGCAUCCUAGAAUUCAUCCAGGAGCUGGCUGCGGUGUCGCAAAAUUGUAAGAGAGGUUUUGUGAAGACUUGGGCAGUAAAGAUGUUCCUAAAUUAGUACAGAUGAGUAAUGAGGGAUUUUCUUACCAUAUUAUUAUUAUUAUUAUUACAUAUAGAGGGUAAUCUGGAUUUAAAAAAAAUGCACAUCUGGAUUAUCUCUGCACCUUGAGGUACAUUCUUGCGAUAUUCCAUCGAUCUACUUUUGUAGGGGUUCAAACUGUAAACCGCAUAAAUAACGCAGUUGUUGUCUAAUUUAUUUUCAAUUGGAUUCAUUUUAGUUUUAAUUUGGUCACACUUUUCACAUGGUAAAAUGACUAACACCUUAAGGAGGUUUUCAUCAAAUCUGUGCACUAAAUUGAAAUUAGCAAUAAUAUUUUAUUGCAUUGAUAUAGUUUUUCACCUGGUCUCAAAGCACUUCAACUUGCAGGGGGUGAUGUGGCCAUGAUAACAUGAGCAGUGUGGAGCAACAGCGAAGAUGCACAUAUCUGAAAUGACAAUGUCCACAGCGAAGAUGCACAUAUCUAAAAUGACAAUGUCCACAGCGAAGAUGCACAUAUCUAAAAUGACAAUGUCCAUUGUUAUUUACACCAUUGCUCUCUCCUUGUGGUAUUAAAAUGAAGGGAAAUGAAGGGAAAAUCAUGAAUGUGAACUUUCAAUGUAUGGUAGAAACCAUGGCAUCUUUUCAACCAACAUCCAUCCUAAAUUGUUAUGGGAAGAAAUCAAUGUGAAUUUGUCUAAACUAUGAAACCUUUGUGCAUUUUGGGUCAUCACUGUUCAUAUAUUAUGCAAAGUAUUGCCAUCUAUAUUGUGUCUUUAGGAGAUACUUGUACAGACAGGUCCAGAAUUAUUGGAACCCUUGAUAAAGAUGGGCAAAAAAGACUGUAUACAAUAAAUAAUACAAAUACUACAAUUGCUCAGAGAAAGAGAUUUUGUUUAACAAAUAAUAAUUGUUUUCUAUAAAAAAAGAUAGGGAUCCUCCCUGUUUUUAACAUACUCCGGCACCCUCCCCCUUGCGUGGAUAACGGCACAGCCUUUUUCUGAAAUGUUUUAUGAGAUUGGAGAACACAAUGGGAGGGAUCUUAGACCAUUCCUCCAUACAGAAUCUGUCCAGAACCUUGAUAUCCUUUGUCUGCACUUAUGGACUGCCCUCUUCAAUUCAAACCACAGGCUUUCAUUGGGGUUCAAGUCCUUAUACAGAGAGCCGUUGCAAAAUAUUGAUUUUGUGGUGAAUUAACCAUUUCUUUGUGUAUUUUGAUAUGUGCUUGGGGCUAUUGUUUUGCUGGAAGAGCUACUUGCGGCCAAGUUUCAUCCUCCUGGCAGAGGCAACAAGGUUUUUGGGCUAAAAUGCCCUAGUGCAGUACUUGGUAAAGUUCAUGAUGCCGUUGACCUUAACAAGGGCCCCAGGACCAGUGGAAGCAAAAUAGCUCAUAACAUCAAAUUUCCACCACCAUAUUUUAAAGUAGGUAUGAGGUUAUUUUCUGCAUAUGCAUUCUUAUUUUGAAGCCAAACCCACCACUCCUGUGCGUGGCCGAGGAGCUCUAUUUGCACAGGUUCCAAUCCAAGUGCCAAAGCAAACUCCAAACGUUUCCAUUGUGGGUUGCUCUCAAUUAAGUUUUUCUGGCAACCCUUCCAAAGAGCCUAUUUGCAUGGACGUGGCAUCUAAUUCUAGAUUUAAAGACUUACUUGGUGACCUGAAGUUUUCCAUAAUUUUCCAACUUUGGCCCUUCAAUUUUUCUUUACCUCCCAAACCAUCUUCCUUACGGUUGUGUGGGGAACAAGAUACACAUGCAUCCAAUACCAGGCAGGUUUACCACCGUUCCAGUGGUUUUAAACCUCUUAAUUGUUGACAUAAUAGUGGUAAGUGGGAUAUUUGUUUUUUAAGCUAUUUGUUGUUCCUGUUGUGAGUUUUUCGCAUUUUCCCAUGGCGAUUGAUGAUACAUUUACAUGUGUAUUACCUCAUUUUAGAAGUAAACAGGGAGCCAUGGAAGACCACAAUACAGUUAUUUAAACUGAGAUUAAUUUAAAAAGUAGAAUGUUAAUGCAGAUUUUGUUUGUUUUUAUAAGAAUCUUUAGCGGUUCCAAUAAUUUUGAACUGUAUCUUUUUUUAAAUAUAUAAUUUUCUCUGUGCAAUUGUAUUAGUAGAAAAAAAAUGUAAAAAAAUAAUAUUUACUGUGCAUUUGAAGUUUUCAGACCCCUUGACUUUUUCCACAUUUUGUUACGUUACAGCCUUAUUCUAACAUGGAUUAUAUAGUUUUUUCCUCCCCUCUUCAAUCUACACACAAUACCUCAUAAUGACGAAGCAAAAACUGUUUUUUAGAAAUGUUUGCAAAUGUAUAAAAAGACUACUGAAAUAUCACAUUUACAUAAGCAUUCAGAACCUUUACUCAGUACUUUGUUGAAGCACCUUUUGCACUCAUUAAAACUUUGAGUCUUCUUUGGUAUGAUGCUACAAUCUUGGCACACCUGUGUUUAGGGAGUUUCUACAGAUUCUCUCAAUCUCUGUCAGGUUGGAUGGAUGGGGAGCACUGAUGCACAGCUAUUUUUUAUAGCAAAGAUACACCCCCUUAGUCUACAUGACAAACAACAGAUGUGUGGAAUGGGUCACAUGGUUAGGAUUUGUAUGAAAGAAAUGAAUAAUUCACAGCAGACUAUCUACUGUAAAGACUGUUCUCAUUGUGUGGAAACCAGAGUCUGGCCCCCAAAACAAGGUUCCCUUCAUCAUUAUCCAUACCCGAGCCAUCUCUCCCUCGUACCUUCCAGUCAGACUUGAGCAAUCUCCCUCACAUGAAUGGAAUGUGGCUUGUUAGGUUUAUCACCUAAGGCAUCGUAAAUCUACUAUCAGCAUUAAGCCCCAGAGGCCCACUCUCAGUUCACACAGACACAUUAGAUUUCUAAGAACCCUAUUCUGUUGCAAAAAACAACAAUUUUAUGCAAUAACAGUAUUAUAACAUAAUCUUGUAGUUUUGCUCUCAUAACCGUCGCCCCAGUCUGAGGUCCUGAGCACUCUGGAGCAGGUUUUCAUUAAGGAUCUCUCUGUACUUUGCUCUGUUCAUCUUUGCCUCGAUCCUGACUAGUCUCCCAGUCCCUGCCGCUGAAAAACAUCCCCACAACAUGAUGCUGGCACCACCAUGCUUCACCAUAGGGAUGGUGCCAGGUUUCCUCCAGACGUGACGCUUGGCAUUCAGGCCAAAGAGUUCAAGCUUGGUUUCAUCAUGUUGUCAUGAUGAAUGUCAUGUUCCUUUUACUGAGGAGUGGCUUCUGUCUGGCCACUCUACCAUAAAGGCCUGAUUGGUGGAGGGCUGCAGAGAUGGUGUUCCUUCUGGAAGGUUCUCCCAUCUGCACAGGGGAACUCGAGCUCUGUCAGAGUGACCAUCGGGAUCUUGGUCACCUCCCUGACCAAGGCCCUUCUCCCGAUUGCUCAGGUUGGCCGGGUGGCCCAGCUCUAGGAAGAGUCUUGGGGGUUCUAAACGUCUUCCAUUUAAGAAUGAUGGAGGCCACUGUGUUCUUGGGGAGCUUCAAUGUUGCAGAAAUGUUUUUCUAACCUUCCCCAGAUCUGUGCCUCAACACAAUCCUGUCUCUGAGCAUUACGGACAAUUCUUUUGACUUCAUGGCUUGGUUUUUGCUCUGACAUGCAUUGUCAACUGUGGGACCUUAUAUAUAGACAGGUGUGUGCCUUUCCAAAUCAUGUCCAAUCAAUUGAAGUGACCACAGGUGGACUCCAAGUUGUAGAAACAUCUCAAGGAUGAUCAAUGUAAACAGCAUGCACCUAAGCUCAAUUUUUGAGUCUAAUAGCAAAGGGUCUUAAUACUUAUGUAAAUAUGUUAUUUAUGUUUUAUAUGUUUGCUAAGAUUUCUAAAAAACUGUUUUCACUUUAAUUAUGGGGUAUUUAAUCCAUUUUCAAAUGUUAUCCAUUGUAUAAUAAGGAAAAAGUCCUUAAACAAAAUGUGGAAAAAGUCAAGGAGUCUGAAUAGUUUCCGAAUGCACUGUACACAGUCUUUUUUGCUUAUCUUUAUCAAGGGUGCUAAUAGUUUUGCACCUGAGUGUGUGGCAUUUACAGAUUAUGUACAAGGAAUAUAAUGAGGACAUUCUCACAGUUGCACUUUUGUCAGUUAGACACAUUGUAGUCAAUGCAUGAGAACUGCAUCUGAAUGUAUUUUCCUUGAGCAAUUCUAAAAGACAGAAAAUGAAUCAGCAUCUCCCAAUGCCCUUGACACUUUCCCUUUCUAUUAUUAUUAACUGACCAACUUGACCUCGGGUUGCCUUGAGUACACAUUUGUUAUUCAUGGAAUAACACCAAUAAUUGAAAUUAGUAAACAAAUUAUUGGAUUCAAUUAUUAUUUUUUUUACAGUAUGUCUUUCCUGCAGCCUUGUUUGUUGUGUGCAUGAUUACACCACAAUGUUUGUACUUGACCUUAAAACUGUAAGAUCCUGUGUGCACUGUUCUGGAAUUUCAGAUUUGAAGGAAUACUAAUAACGAAUUGUAAGGACUAAUAAUGAAUAGUAAGGAAAGUAUUCACACCCCUUGCCUUUUUCCAUAUUUUGUUGUUACAGCCUGAAUUUAAAAUGUAUUAAAUGUAGAUUUUUGUUUUGUUACUGGCCUACACACAAUACCCCCGUAAAGUGGAAUUAUGUUUUUAGAAAUGUUUACAAAAAUGAAAAGCUGAAAUGUCUUGAGUCAAUAAGUAUUCAACCCCUUUGUUAUUUCAAGCCUAAAUACAUUCAGGAGUAAAAAAUAUGCUAAAGUCCCUCUGUGUUCAAUAAUAGUUUUUAAACAUGAUUUUUGAAGGACUACCUCCUCUCUGUACCCCACACAUACAGAUAAUUGUAAGGUCCCUCAGUCGAAGCUGUGAAUUUCAAACACAGAAUAAACCACAAAGAACAGGGAGGUUUUUCAAUGCCUCACAAAGAAGUGCACCUAUUGGUAGAUGGGUAAUAAAACAAAAAACAGACAAUGAAUAUCCCUUUGAGCAUGGUAAAGUUAUUACAUUUUGUAUCUUGUAUCAAUACACCCAGUCACAACAAAAAUACAGGCGUCCUUUCUAACUCAGUUGCCGGAGAGGAAGGAAACCACUCAGGGAUUUCACCAUGAGGCCAAUGGUGACUAAAACAGUUAGAGUUUAAUGGCUGUGAUAGGAGAAAACAACUGAGGAUGGAUCAACAACACGUAGUUAUUCCACAGUAAUAACCUAAUUGACAGAAUAAAAAAAUAUUCCAAAACAUGCAGUAAAGUAAAUAUUGUAAAAUGAAUACUGCAAAAAAUGUGUCAAAGCGAUUAACUUUUUGUCCUGAAUACAAAAGUGUUAUGUUUGGGGCAAAUCCAAUACAACUGCAGGUAGCCUAGAGGUUAAGAGAGUUGGGCCAGUAAUUUAAAGGUCGCUGGUUUGAAUCCCUGAGCUGACCAGGUGAAAAAUGUGCCCUUGAGCAAGGCACUUAACCCUAAUUGCACCUGUAAUUUACACUGAAAAAGAGCGUCUGCUAAAUUACAAAAACAUUACUGAGAACCACUGUCCAUAUUUUCAAGCACAGUGGUGGCUGCAUUAUGUUAUUGUUAUGCUUGUAAUCGUUAAGGACUGUGGAGUUUUUCAAAACAAGAAAUACAUGGAAUGGAGCUAAGCACAGGCAAAAUCCCAGAGGAAAACCUGGUUCAGUCUGCUUUCCACCAGAGACUGGGAGAUGAAUUCACCUUUCAGCAGGACAAUAACCUAAAACAAGGCCAAAUCUACAGUAGUUGCUUACCAAGAAGACUGUGAAUGUUCCUGGGUGGCAAAGUUACAGUUUUGACUUAAAUCUGCAUGAAAAUCUAUGGCUAUACCUGAAAAUGGUUGUCUAGCAAUGAUUCUUCAACCAAUUUGACAAAGCUUGAACAUUUUUGAAAAUUGUUGCACAAUCCAGGUGUAGACAGCUCUGAGACUUACCCAGAAAGACUCACUGCUGUAAUCGCUGCCAAAAUUGUGAUUCUAACAUCAAAUUGUAUUUGUCACAUGCGCCGAAUACAACAGGUGUAGGUAGACCUUACAGUGAAAUGUUUACUUACAAGCCGUUAACCAACAAUGCAGUUAAGAAAGUAAGUUUUAAGUAAAAAAUCGAAAUAACAAAUAAUUGAAGAGCAGCAGUAAAAUAACUGUAUUGAGGCUCUAUACAGGGGGUACCGGUACAGAGUCAAUAUGUGGCGGCACAGGUUAGUCGAGGUAAUUGAGGUAAUAUGUACAUGUAGGUAGAGUUAAAGUGACUAUGCAUAGAUAAUACACAGAGAAUAGCAGCAGUGUAACUGCAAAUAGUCUCGGUAGCCAUUUGAUUAGCUGUUCAGGAGUCUUAAGGCCUGGGGUUUGAAGCUGUUAAGAAGCCUUUUGGACCUAGGCAUGGCGCUCGGGUACCGCUUACCGUGCGGUAGCAGAGAGAACAGUCUAUGAUUAGCGUGGCUGGAGUCUUUGAACAUUUUUAGGGCCUUCCUCUGACACCGCCUGGUAUAGAGGUCCUGGAUGGCAGGAGGCUUGGCUCCAGUGAUGUACUGGGCCAUACACACUUCCCUCUGUAGUGCAAUGCGGUCGGAGGCCGAGCAGUUGCCAUACCAGGCACUGAUGCAACCAUGCUCUCGAUGGUGCAGAUGUAUAACUUUUUGAAGAUCUGAGGACCCAUGCCAAAUCUUUUCAGUCUCAUGUGGGGGAAUAGGCUUUGUCGUGCCCCCUUCACGACUGUCUUGGUGUGUUUGGACCAUGUUAAUUUGUUGUUGAUGUGGACACCAAGGAACUUGAAGCUCUCAACAUGGGAAAACUUAUCUAAUCAAGAUAUUAGUGUUUACAAAUGGUAAAAAAAAUUCCUAUACUUAAUAUUUUGUGUAGAUUGUUGACAAAAAAUAACAAUUAAAUCCAUUUGAAUCCCACUUUGUAACAACAAAAUGUUGAAAAAGUCUAGGGGUAUGAAUACUUUCUAAAAUGCACUGAACAUGUUAUUCUAUUCACAUACUGUCAAAAGAUUAGUAUUUGUAAAAUGUGUAAAAUGUUCAUAUUAAAUUAUUUUGUACUUUGGA